AUGGAAGAGGAACAUCGCAUGUUACCAAAUGCAACAGAAAACUCCCAAAAAGCUAUCAGCUAUGUAUUGGAUGGCGCUACGGUUACUCUUCUCCUGGUUGUCAUGACCUCUCUUGGAUGUACGUUGGAAAUUUCAGAGAUUAAGAAGUAUCUUUUGAAGCCGAAAGAGAUUGGGAUAGCGUUAUUUUCUCAAUACACAGUUAUGCCGCUCACUGCCUUUUCUCUGGCCCGUCUCUUACGCCUGAGUCCGAUGGAGUCGGUGGUGGUUCUUGUGUGCGGUUGCUGUCCUGGAGGAAACCUUUCCAACAUCUUUAGUUUGGCGAUAAAGGGAGACAUGAAUCUCAGCAUUGUGAUGACAGUGUGCUCGUCUAUCUGUGCUCUGGGACUGAUGCCUUUACUGCUCUACAUUUACAGUCUUGGACUAGAGAUUGUGCCAAAACAGAACGCCAUUCCGUUCCAAAAGAUUAUCAUCUCCUUAAUGCUUACGGUCAUCCCAUGUGGACUGGGCAUUUUUCUCAAAGUAAAAAGGCCUCACUCUUUAAAGUGUAUUAUUAAGGCUGGCAUGGUGUUGGGGAUUGUGACUUCUGUUUUAAUACUUAUUCUUUCUGCGGUCCACACCAAAGGAGUCAUUUUUGCCCUCUUUUCACCAUGGCUGGUUAGCGCUGCGUUACUGAUGCCACUUAUAGGCUACGUGUCUGGAUACAGUAUUGCGACACUCGGCAGACUCUCCAGACAGUGUAAAAGAACAAUUUGCAUGGAAACCGGAUGUCAAAACGUUCAGCUAUGCGGCGCCAUUCUUAAAAUGGGAUUUGACGCGGAUGUCAUAGGCCCGCUCUUUCUAUUCCCUUUGCUUUACAUAACGUUUCAGCUGAUGGAGGGGCUGGUUUUGGUGCUGGCUUUAGGCGUGCAUGAAUGGUUAAAGGCCAAAGGAAAACUCAACUACACCCGACACACCAACGUCCUCCUGAAGGGUAAAGAAAAUAUGGCAAAGAUAACCACGGAGUUCUUCUACAAGGAAGCCUCGACUGCAGCGGGGCAAAAGCCUUCACAGGAAUCAGACAUCUUUAACUAG